AUGAGUGCGUUCGCGGAGGAGCGCCACUUCGACAUUGAGCGCGUGUCGCCAAUAUGGCUCAUCACAGGUCUAUGUGUAGUGCCAUUUACGGUCUACUAUCUCUUGAACUUUCUCAGCCCGCUGGUUCACAGGUUGACGGCUAUGAAGAUAUCGGCAAUCUAUAUCUAUCCAAUCAAAUCAUUACGGGCCGUAAGCGUUAGUGAAGCUCUUGCUACCAAACAUGGCUUUCAACAUGAUCGACGUUUCAUGCUUCUCCAAAAAACCCAAGAUGGCUACAAAAACAUGGCCAUAGGAAGAUACCCCGAGAUGUCUCAAUUCCUGCAAGAAAUAGGCCAAGACUCUGUCACGGUCACUUAUCGUGCCUUUGGUGCUACAGAAAAGUCCAAAACUAUCACAAUCCCACUUGAACCCGACACGGAAAAAUUAGAACCAUUUGAAGUCAACAUGCAUUCCAGUCCAACAUCUGCCUUCAAAAUGCCAGAAAAAUACAACACCUGGUUCUCCGAAUGCUUCGGCUACCAUGUCGAACUCGUCUAUCUCGGGGAAAACAGACGCGCAGUUUUAUUCCAGAACAUGCAACCCUUGGAGCCCGAUCCACUAACACGCUUCAUCAAGAAGCACGUCCCCUUUGCAGGAUCCUACGUAGACAAGAUCAUGGGCCUGCACCAAAACGAGCAGUGGAAAAUCGGCUUCGCAGACUGCGCACCAUACCUCAUCUGCUCCCAGACCUCACUCGACGAUGUCUCUUCCCGGCUUCCCGAGGGCGAGGAAAUGGACAUGACAAAGUUCCGCCCCAACAUUGUAAUCAAAGGCGCAUUCGAAGCCUACCAAGAAGACUACUGGGGCAAACUCACCAUCAACAGCGGCGCAGAACUCACGCUCGCACAUAAUUGCGUGAGGUGCAAGAGUAUCAAUAUCGACUAUGAGACGGGCAAAGACGGCACGGGCGCAUCGGGCCAGGUGUUGAAAAAGCUGCAGCACGAUCGCAGGAUCGAUAUCGGCGCAAAGUGGAGCCCCGUUUUUGGAAGGUAUAGCUUCUGGGACCCCAAGAGGCCGAGCCAAACGAUCAAAGUCGGGGACAGGGUAAAUGUGUCAAAGGUCAACGAGGGAUUGACGGUGUGGAGUUGGCCAAAUCUGGCGUAG